UGAUAUGUCCCUGCUCUGCCACUUCCCCUUCCCAUCCUGUUCCAUUUCAACCUGUGUCCUUACUUCCUUACCUCCUCUUCUCUGGGGAGGUAGCCAUAAAGAGAUUCAGCAUUUCAGCUUCUCCAUGGAGUCAUCUCCAAAUCGAAAGAGUGAAAUAAAUGAAGUGUUGUUAUUUCGGUUGCACGAUUAGUACAUGAAACACAAUUACAUCAAAGUCUACAAUUUUCGAAGAUUAAAGCAAAGUAACUAGUAUCCAUUAACUUUUAAAAGGCAGUAGCCCCUAGUUCCCGCCACACCACUCCAUCAAACCUCUUGAAAUUUCAGUAAGCUCUUAGGAUACGGGAACAGAGACAGAAUGAGCAGAGCUUCCCUGGAGCUGGAGCGAAAGAUCCUCCGCCUCCUCCACGGCCAGAAAACCCGAAAAAACAUCUGCGAAAUCCAUGCCCAUUUCCUUCGUCAAUGCCUUCACCAAUCUAACCAAAUCCUUUCCCACUUUGUCUCUGUUUGCGGUCACCUCAACAAAAUGGACUAUGCGAAUCUUGUGUUUUUGCAGACCCACAACCCCAAUAUUUUGCUCUUUAACUCUAUGAUCAAAGGGUACUCUCUUAACGGUCCCUUUGAAGAAGCUAUUGCCUUGUUUUCUUUACUUAAAACUCGCGGGAUUUGGCCUGAUGAAUACACGUUUCCGCCAUUGCUCAAGGCGUGUUCGGGUCUUGGUGAUGUAAGAAUCGGGGAAUGCACACAUGGGCAAGUUAUUAAAUCUGGGUUCGAGCGUUUUGGCUCGGUUCAGAUUGGGGUUGUGGAAUUAUACAGUUCUAGCGGAAGAAUGGACGAAGCAAAGAAGGUGUUCGAUGGAAUGUGUCAAAGGGAUGUGAUAGUUUGGAAUUUGAUGAUCCGUGGGUUUUGUAAGAGAGGUGAUGUUGAUAUGGGGUUAAAUUUAUUUAGGCAGAUGAGUGAAAGGAGUGUUGUUUCAUGGAAUUCAAUGAUUUCUUGCUUGGCGCAGAGUGGGAGGCAGAGUGAAGCUUUGGCACUUUUUCAGGAAAUGAGGGGGCUGGGGUUCCAACCUGAUGAGGCUACUGUGGUUAUUGUGUUGCCUAUUUGUGCUCAUUUAGGGGCUGCCGAUGUUGGGGAAUGGAUUCAUUCUUAUGCUGAAUCAAGUAGGCUUUAUCAAAAUGUGGUUUCUGUGGGAAAUGCAUUGGUGGAUUUUUAUAGUAAAUGUGGAAAUUUGGAAACUGCCCUUUGGAUUUUCAAUGAUAUGCCUUGUAAAAACGUUGUGUCUUGGAAUGCGAUGAUCUCUGGUCUGGCUUUUAAUGGGAAGGGGGAGCUUGGGGUGAAGUUGUUUGAGGAGAUGAUGAACAAAGGUGAGAGGCCUAAUGAUGCGACUUUUACAGGGGCGCUAGCAUGCUGUGCUCAUGCGGGGUUGGUUGAAAAAGGGCAAGAGUUGUUUGCUUCAAUGAGCAAAAUUUACUACAAUGAUCCUAAACUUGAGCAUUAUGGAUGCAUGGUUGACCUCCUUGCACGCAGCGGAUGUGUGAGAAUGGCUUAUGACCUGAUUACAAGCAUGCAUAUUGCACCAAAUGCUACUUUAUGGGGUGCUUUGCUCAGUGCUUGUCGUACUCAUGGUGAAUCACAGCUUGCAGAACUUGCUGUUAAAGAGCUUAUCAAUCUUGAACCAUGGAAUUCGGGUAAUUAUGUAUUGUUGUCAAAUAUUUAUGCAGAGGAAGGGAGAUGGGAUGAAGUAGAGAAGCUAAGAGUACUGAUGAGGGAAAAAAGUGUCAAGAAAGCAAUGGGACAAAGCGCAACAGGGUGAUUAUACCAUCUUUGUAGACUAUGGUUGUGAGAAUUAUAAAAUCUGAAUCUGUCUUCCUUUCCCUCUUUGUAAACUUUACAAUCUCGGUAGGCACCAGAAAAGUCAGAAUUCCCAGGAAGGAUUGGUCUAAUCCUGAUUCAUUAAUAAAGGGGAGCUGAAUCAUCUUCAGAUUAAUUACUUCACUUGGAAAUUUGCAAGUCCUCAAGCUUGCAGUCGAAGAAGGGCAAAUAUCAGAAAGGAUGGAAAGGAAGAGAUGCUGCGGAAGUAGCUAUGUGUCCAGAUCAUGUGUCUCGACAACAAAGAAGGAACCUGCUGUGGUGACUCUGAAGGAGGAGGAAGAUGUGAAACCAGAAAUCCCCAAGGGAAAUGUUCAGGCUGCUGUUCCUGCUACCGUGGUGAAACCUCCAAAGGUUGAAGAGAAAGAGCUUGUUAAGGCCAAGUUUGGUAGUGAUGCAUGUAACUAGUCAAAAUUAAGUCUGGAAACUGGAUUCUGGGGUGGUGGGGGGUUCAUUACAUAUGAUUUUAUAGGUCUAACAAAUACCCCUCAGACAAUAAAUAGCAAUUUUAGUUUAAUCUCUCUCUCUCUCUCGCUCUUUGUGUUCCAAAUUCAUUAUUUAAAAACCUGUUAAUGUUUGUUUCUGCAAAGUUGGAGGGUAAGAGAUCUGAAAUUGUUUCUGUGAAUG